GGAGCGCGCCAAAUAGGAAGAGCAGCAGCUGUGUGUGUGUGAGCCUCUGCUGCCUCCGAUCACAACACACCGAUCACCGACAGGACCCGUCUGUACUCCCCUUAUGAGUGACCCAUCGGGACGGGAAUCGCGCUGCCUGGACGAGGACAGAGGCUGAAAUCAUGGAGGCAGACGGCGUGAGCAUAUGGCCGCGCAUGGAGCCUUUUUUACUGGGGGCCCUGCAGGUGGCUCCCUCCUCCAAGCUCAGCCUGCACUAUCUUCGCAAGAUGGCGAUCUACGUGCGAACACGGGACGGCUGCUUCCCCAUUUUGGGCUGGCCCAUGUGGAGGCAUAUCGCCUGUGGAAAGCUGCAGCUCCCAGAGGACCUUGCUUGGCUCUACUUUGAGACCUUUGACCUUCUGAUAGGCCACGCUCCGGAGGAGAGGCUGGAGUGGGCAGAGUGCCUCUCCCAGUGCUCCUCCAAAAGCGAGCUGGACCAACAAAGGAGCAAGCUGUCUGUGGACACGCUGCAGUUCCUCCUCUUCCUCUACAUCCAGCAGCUGAACCGCGUGUCUCUGCGCACCUCUCUGAUCGGUGAAGAGUGGCCGAGUCAUCGCACCCGCUCCCCGUCUCCGUCAGACCGAGAGGCCAAGACCAGCUCCCAGAACAAGAACUGGGAUGAUCAGGCCCACCUGUCAUUUGUGCAAAGCCACCUCGCUGAGAUGCUGGAGCUGCUGGUGGAGCCGGGCCAGCUGUCCCAGUCUGGACAGGCCCUCAGAGACGGUCAGAUAGCACUGGAGGCUGUGCGGAGCCUGGGCCUGCUCCUGGAGGGCUCGGUCUGCCACAGCAAAACUGUCCAGCCCGUCCACAGGCUGCUGACCAAAGGUCCACUGCAGACACGAUCCGGCUACUCCACACUCAGCCGCUCCUUCCCCCUGCAUAAGCUACUGUCGUGUCUGCAGCAGAACCUCACGCUCAACCCGUUUGGGAUAACCGCCUGCCUGCGCUCAGGCAAGAAACUAGCCUGGGCUCAACAAGUGGAGGGAGCCAUGAAGAGAGCCAAAAUAGCCCGAAACACCCACACGGCUCCCCCUGGCAGCAAGAUGGUGCUGAUGUCACAAGUUUUCAAACAGACUUUGGCCAAAUCCUCAGACCGGCUGACCGGGGCCAACAUCAAAAUCCACCGAUGCUCAGAUGCCUUCAUUUACCUCCUCUCACCUCUCAGAUCCGUCUGUGUGGACAAAUGUCGGGACUGCACGGUGGUUCUGGGUCCUGUGGAGACCAGCGUCCACAUCCACAGCUGCCAGAACCUGCGGGUGGUGUGUGUGGCCGGUAGAGUCGCCGUCGGAGCGUCUUCACGCUGCACUGUCCACGCCUUGACGCCCACUCGCCCCUUGCUCCUCCCUGGAAACACAGACAUCACACUGGGGCCGUUCCACACCUUCUACCCGUCCCUGGAGGAUCACAUGGCCAGCGCGGGGCUGGCCGUGGUCCCCAACGCCUGGGAUCGACCCUUGCUUCUGGGGACCGAGGGCCUCGUCAACCCCUCGCUCAACACGUCAUCCAACCCGGACCCCGGCUGCUACCGCCUACUGCCCCCGGCUGAGUUUCACACGAUGGUCGUGCCUUUCCAGAUAGAGGGCGACACGUGUGAGGUGCCGGGGGGGUUACCUCCUCCGUACCAGGCGGCGCUGGAUGAAAAACAGAAGAGGAUACAGAGCUGGCAGAAGACUGUGAUGGAGGCGAGGCUCAACAAGGAGCAGAAGCGUCAGUUCCAGGAGCUGGUGGAGGUGAAGUUUCACGAGUGGCUCCUGGAGGCGGGACACAGGCAGGAACUGGACAGCCUCAUCCCUCCCACCCUGGCCUCUUUAAAGGACUCCAACGGGCCUGCAGGAGACGCGCCGAGAGUUAAUGACAACAAACAUAUUCGCACUGGUCGGGCAGUGGGACAGUCACCCGCGCCCUGCUGAUUAGGGUCUGUUUGCACCUGAACAUGAAGGUAGCAUGACAGCGUGCACAGCAUGUGGCCUGACUGACAUCUGGAGCUCCUGUCAGUAAAAAUAAAACAAAAACAGAUGAGUAUGUUUACUGCAAGUACUGUAAAGUAUGCUUGUUGAUAUUUAGACUUUGGAGCUGUUGAUUCAGCUUUUAUUGCAACUCACGUCCCACUCGUUCUCGAGUGGAAGUCCAGUAUGAGCUGCUUUUCAGGUUUUUCCUCAGUCAAGGCAGCUAAGUCUUAAACAUAAGGAGGGAGUGGAUUGGCAUGUUGUAAAACCACAUCACCAACACGGCUCUUUAACCCUUUGAACCAUGUGAAAUCACUUUUCUUGUGCUGCCUUUAAACACC